UAACCUUAUAGAUUGAUAAAGUGUCAAAUAAUCUUGUUAGUUUUCAUUUGCUGACAGACCGCACAACGAGAUUUUGACGCUGCACAAAAGUCGACUUCCGUUUCUGAGAUUUCAUCAUCAUGGAGGUCCAAAAUGCUUGGGAAGGAUUCAAAACUUUGAAGUCAGAGUUGAACCAUGUCCUGGCUUCCGGUCUCUUCCUCGUCACGAUAUCGCAGUUAACUCAUUUCACGGGUCACCACUCGGAAAGCACUCAGCUCCUCGUCGCCACCCUGAUCAACUUAGGCUUCAUUUGUUUCGCACAGCUGAAAAGUAACGGGAUCAAAGGAUUGUUCAGAUGGGGGGACGUUUCAGUCCGUACCUUGGCAUCUUUUGCAGUCCUUCUCAUGUCAGCCGUCAUAGUUUCGGCCGUCGUGAAGUCGGAUUUCCUUUCGGACAAGAUGUCAGUCUCGGCAGAAUUGGAACGCGUGAUUUUGUCGGGGGCGACGAAUCUGGGGCUCUACGCGGUGAUCAGGAUCGCCACGAACUUCUUGGUCGCCUUCGCCAUGACCUUUUUCACUACAGGAUUUAUUUUCAUCAACAGAUAUACUGAGCAGUUUAAGUAAUUAGUGAAUAUGCGCCUA